AUGGCUCGUCUGACGCUGCUUCUUGUUCUGCUGUGGGUCGGUACCACAGUGAGCACAGUGGUGGACGUGCACAAAAGGAUCAUCGGAGGUCAAGACUGUGUGUCCGUCAUUUUAGGAGUACAUCCAGGUCAAGCAAAGCAGGUGGACAUAACCACACAACUUGAGAUCUACAAAGAUGAACAGGGACCACACGAUAUCAUGUUUCUGAAGUUACCUGACGGAAGAGAAAUUACUGACUUUCUAAAUCAGAUUCCGUCUGUUGAUCUUGCUGACUGCAAUGCAAGACUCCAGUUGGGAAACCAAGUGCAGAUUGCAGGUUAUGGAUCCAGUACCAUGGGCCCUAAUUAUGAAAGAAUUGACCAGCCAUCACCAACUCUGCAAUGUGCAGAUGUUAACGUCGUUGACUGCACUAGGCUGAAAGAACUUAAGAAGAACACACCACAUCAUUACCAGCACUGGUUCUGUGGUCAAGCUGAUGGAAAGGAUGCAUCUCCUGGUGACUCUGGUGGAGGAGUCGUGUUCGAAGACAAGCUCUACGGUGUAAUCAGCUUCACCGGAAAUGAUACACAUGCAACUAUAGAAGCAUUUGGAUUCAUAGACCUUUGUCAUCCAGACUAUUUUAAAUGGAUACAAAGUGUUACUACUCCAAAGAGAAAAUUAAGUCUCUCUUAACUCACUCUGAGGUUAAAGGGGACAUGACACAUUAAACAUAGUUAUAAUAAUUUAAAGAAAGUCUCCCACACCAAAAAGAUUAUAUAUGUUUUAUCACUGAUGGCCAAAGGAUUUUCAAAAUCUUACCAUUUAAAUUUCACUGUUAAAACACAGGACGUCGCCAUCACGGUUGUGUCUCCAGACGUGACAUCAUUGGAUUGGUCGGCUGACUUUGCAGACACACUGAGAAGCUGCAUGUACAUUGAAAAAAUGCAAACAAAUGGGAACAAGAGACCAAAAAGUUGAGCUGGCAAUUUAUUGAAAACAACGAUUUAACUGAAAUAGGCUGUUCAUUGAUCAGCUGAUCAAAACUUUAAAGUCCUAUUCAUACGGGAGUAGUUUUACCAGGGGAUCUCUGGUAGUUUCUAAUAAUGACAGAGGUCGUGUGUGAUCUUAAGAAUUUUGAAGGAUGUGCUAUAAAUCAAAGUUUAUACAGAUGUUAGAGCACAAAGUCGAGAUGAACUAUUAACUUUAGACGUAUAAAAACAUUAAAUCAACCUUCUGUAAAGGUGGGUCUUAUUUAAAUGCCGCCAGAUUGUUGGUAAUUUCUUCCCCGGGAUAAAUAGUAUCAAAUAUAUAUUUGUAUCAUCAUUUUUAUCUGUCUCUGACAUGCAGUGGAGUGAGGCUGAAAGCAGCAGAGAGAAAAAUCAAGCUUUCUGCCUCGUCCUCUGACAGAUUUUCUCCCUGAACUGCGUCUUCUUCACUUGCAGCCAAAGCACCUGACCGAUCCGAUGACGGAGUACGACAGUACGACCAAAAAAUGAUCCAUUAUGUUUAAAAUAUGUACACUUUCACUAUGUUGGUGCAUGUUCCGUUUGUCUCAUGUCCCCUUUAAGGAUAAUUACGUCACAAAACUCUUCCAGAAUAAAUAUCAUGUGAGACUCCAA